GAUGAGGAAGUAUAGGUAAUGAGGAAAUAAACAACACGGGCAUCUGAUACAACGAGAAGCCGGUCGUCAGCAUGUCGCCGUCCUGAGCUUCGUUAAGUCGCUUCUCAAUCACCUCCUUGUCAUUCGUUACUGUGAUGGCGGACUCCCAAACGACUCGAGUCCCAGAGCCCGAUGAAGCCCUUGAAGUGACCCAGAACGGGGUCGGGUCCGAGGACAGACCCGACCCUCCAGGACCGGCCCCGGGUCCGAGGAGGAAGCUGAUCCUCCACAUCGACCUGAACACCACCAUCCUGGUGUCGGACGCCAUGACGGGCCAGGGGACCCUGGCGGCUCUGGACGGCUUCCUGUCCACUGUCACGUGGGGGAAGAUGAACCAGAAAGGGAAGUGGGAGUGGCUUAGCGACGCGGCGUCCCUGAUCCCGCCCUGCGAGGGCGCGAUCAGCUACUACUCCCAGUUCGGCCGCCUACCGGGGUUCACGUCCGGCCCCGGGCGCCGUUUCCAGGGAAUCCUCGACGAGCACCUGGAUUUACUGCGCUGGCCCGAGGGCAUCACGGCCGACAAGGAGCUGUCGGUGAAGGGCGAGGACGGCCGGCUGUACCACUGGAUCCUGCCCUCCUUCUUCCAGCUGCUCCGGGACCUGGUGUCCCGGGAGGACGACUUCUGCCUCCUGUUCCGCACCUUCGGCUCCGACCUGCCCCGCGUGCUGAGCGCCGUGUCCCGCACCCUCACCCAGGGCACCCACCCGCUCUUCCCCGACCUGCCCGACCUCAAGCUGAGUGUGAACCAGACCCCAGGGAAGAUCCAGUGCAGUAAGAGAGAGGUGGUCUUGACGCGAGGCGAGGACAAGGUGUCCUCUCUGAAUGGACCCAGGGACCUGUACCAGUACCUGGGGGCUGGUAGCGGACUGGGGGGCUUCCAGGAUAACUUUCAGUGGUGGUCCAAGCACUCGUGCUCCCUGAUGGGGGGGAAGCCCCUCUGGGUGGACCCCUUCGACCCGUCCGUCCAGCACAUCUUCUUCGAUGACAACAUCCGGCAAAACGACGAGGAAACCAUCGUUCACCCCAUGGUGUUCCUGGAGCGCGGCGGGGAGGCGGUGCGCACGGCCUCCACCUGCGAGCUCUACGACGUGUGCCUGGUGCAGAACGACCUGCUGAAGGCCAUCUCCGACCCGGGCUACUUCAGCCAGCGCAUCGCCAUCUGCCAGGAGAACUACGAGAAGAACGUCCAGCAGGGGGCGACCUCCUAGGGCACGGCCGCUGCACGACAGAGAACCACUGAGGAACCGAGAGGAACGCGUCCUGCUUUUGGUUCAGACUGGGGGAGAGGAGAGGCUCGUAGCCACGUGGAGGUGGGAGACGUUUAGGAGAGCCAAGCUUCUGUUUCUACCAAAAUGCAAAAAUAAGACGUUUAGUUGAAGUUUUGUUGUUAGUGAAGAGGAGAGGAAUUAUGACGGUUUGAGUUUUGUAGGAGGGUUCGUUUUAGGGUUAGAGAGAGCAGAACAUACGGGCUAUCCUUCUGUUGCUCCUGAAACAGUGUUUACUUAUACAAAUAUCUGAGCGUCCUAAACACACAGUAUUCUCCUGGACUCUGUUACGUUAGGUUGUUUGAGUAGAAGUGUAUUGGUCAUCAAAACAGGGAAGAAUCCAGGUGACUGACAUCCAUAUCUGAUCCUAUCGAUAGUGUAUUUUAUUUUAUUACAGUAUAUUUGAUACUCGAGUGGGACUGUGUGUUGUGGGCUUUACGUUUAAAAACGUCACUGAAGAAUGUGUGUUCUAACGACGUUACUGUUAAUGCUCAAGUGUUACUUUGAGAACUCAGAGAAGGUGGCUGAAGUGACUUUGAGCGUUCAAACUGUCUUGGUCUCUGUAUCCGUUUCCGGAACAGUCCUUGAAGUGUAUAGGUCAGUCGUGUCAGACUGCUGCUUUGCACUCACUACAUCAUCGUUUAGUAGUGGAGGGGUUGUUGGUUCAAUGUUUACCAGUGGUCAGGAGCUCCCGUCACCUGAUUGGAUCAGGAGAAGACACUGGCGUUUGGUUUUUAUGCUUUGGGGUUUUGUUUGCAAUGUCGUUUAUUAAGAGAAGAGAGAUUUGAGCUGCACACUGGAACGGAAUAACCUCUAUUCUUAUGCUGUGGAGGGUGAAGGCACAUCGAUUUUAAAAGCUUGAAAAUAGUUCUCCAUAUUUUUCCAGCCAUUUCACUCCAAGAGCAAUUCAAAGGCAAAGUCAGCAGAAAGAGAAAGGAAGAAAUAACGCAUUUUUUUUAUGUGACAUAUGUUUUUUGCAACAUAGGUUUAUUAUAUGCAUUGCACUUGGAAGUCUAGUUGUAUGUUCCGAGUGUGUCGUCAAUCAUACAGACAUUUGAAUGUUUGAAAUAAUUGUUUAUUUAUUUGACAGUUUUAAUCUCCUGACCUGCUGUUCAAUAGAUUGCUAGAAAAACGAAGUUAAUUGUAUCUAUUGCUAUUAAACAAUAAAAUAAAUGUGAUAGGUUU